CGCACGCAGACUCAAGCAGCGGUUCAGAAAUGGCGGCCGAUGGAGCCAGUUCUUCGCUGCAGCUACCCUGCGUUUUUUCACCCAAAUCACGACAGUACUUAGCGUUGUGUGCCCAGGAUGGCAGGCUUCGCGUUUGGAACACAGACAGCAAAACACUUCACCAAGAAUAUGUGCCUUCAGCCCAUUUGAGUGCUACAUGUAUCUGCAUAGCCUGGGGACCAUGCCGGACAGUGAAGGAGGGACCUCAGAGGAAGAAGAGGAAAUCGGAGGCAGGGCAGGUGGAGGAGAAGGCAGACCUGUUGGCGAUGGGCACAGCAGCAGGCAGUGUGCUCAUCUACAGUACAGCUAAGGGAGCGCUGCACUGUACCCUGGAUGGCGGCCAUAGUGGGGGAGUGAAUUGUGUCCAGUGGCACCCUGAAGACAGUUUACUAUACAGCGGCUCAGAUGAUACACACAUCAUCGAGUGGGACCUGCAGACAGGCAAGGCGCGAUGUAAGUGGAAGGCAGACCGUGCAGCAGUGACCAGUCUGUGUGUGAGCCCUGAUGGGAAACUGCUUCUUUCAGCCGGUCAGAUAAUCAAGAUGUGGGACUUGGACACCAAGGAGGUUUACAGGAAGUUCACGGGCCACUCCACGGCUGUGACGACCCUGCGCUUUGCCACCACGCGGCCUCCUGACAGCAAUGGUCUCUAUUUCCUGUCCGGUGCCGCGCACGAUCGGUUGCUCAGUGUUUGGCAAGUACGACAAGACGGAAAAGACAAGAAUUCAGUGGUGUCCUUCACCCUGACGGAUGAGCCACAACACAUCGACCUGGUCACUUCCAACAGCAAGGAAGAGGCGGUGAGGCUGGCAGUGGUGUGUAAGGAUGGGCAGCUGCAUCUCUUUGAGCACUUUUUAAAUGGGCCUUGUAAGAAGCCCAUGUCACCCUCAUGUACAGUGCAGAUGUCGGACACAAAGGACUCCCCAGUGCCAAUCCCACUACUGGCUGCUGCCCUCGGAGCUGAUACACGGACUGUGCUGCUGGCAUACGGCAGCCACUUACAGCCUGUCAUGGAGAAAGUGGAGAUCAACACAGCAGAGAGACACAUCUGUUUGACCCGGGAUGUUCGGACCAGCUUGUCCCUUUCCAUGGAAACCAGCGUUUCCAAGGUGAAAACACCUAUUGUCAACACCAAGAGCAGAGUGUUGGUCCCAGGGCUUCCUGGUCACCAGGCCCCGGUCAAGGGAACCUCACAGGGACCAGAGAAAAGGAAAAAAGAUACAGACACCAAAGAGAUGUCAAUAGCGGAGCGACUAGGUGAAAUUGAUCUAUCGACAGUCUCUGAGAAGGGAGCUCCUAGAGGGACGGCCUCUUUACAGACUGACAACUUUGCAGUGCUGCUGGUGCAGGGCUUGGAGAGCAACGACGCCAACAUCCUAAAUAAAGUUUUUCAGACUCGCAAGGAGGUGGUGAUAAAGAAAACAGUUGCUCGGUUACCCCUCCCUGCUGUUUUACCUUUGGUUGAAGAGAUCACAAAGAGGCUCCAAGGGCACCCUUUUAUGGCAGUUUUAAUGGUACGGUGGCUCAAGGCUGUACUCAUUCAGCACACAUCAUACCUGGCAUCGCUGCCAGACCUGGUUACCCAGCUGGGAGUGCUUUAUCACAUGAUAGAGAGCAGGGUGAAGAUGUUCCACAAGCUAACAAAGCUGCAUGGGAAACUGUAUCUCCUAAUGACACAGGUGGCGACAAGUGACAGCAGCAACACAGUGGCGGAUGUUGACCACACAGCAAAGCUGGUGUAUGAGGAGGAAUCAUCUGAUGAAGAUGAUGCCUCCGGUGAUGAAGGUCUUCCUGAUGGUGACGACUCUGAUAACUGGGAGGAGGAGGAGGAGGAGGGGGAGACGAUGGAAGAAGACAAGGAGGAACAAGCAGACGAUGAAGAGGAUCCAGACAGCAGAACAGAUUCCAAAGCUAACGGAGAGGAAGAGAUGGAGCACGGGAACGAGAGCGAAGAGGAAUGAGAACGAAUGAGGAGAAAUGCCAAUCAUACAUACAAUGGAACUGAAAGAGUUAUAUAUAUACUUUCAUUUUAUUUUCAUGCUUUUGAUUUUAUUAUCAGAACAAAGUAUGGUUUUACAAAAUCAAUUGACACAUGUUGGUGAAACGUGGGCAGCUUGGCCCUCUGCCUCGCCACAAGCGUGGCGCUGUCAUGCUCUCUUUUCCCCAUGUGAGGAACAGAUGCAGGGAGUAUGGCAAAACAUUCUGCAAAAUGAAAUUGAUGCAAAGCUUCUUCUGCUUCUGCUGUCCGUUCAGUCAGCAUCCCAGCUCCACGGCCUGACGAGUUGCAUUGGAAGAGAUUGAAAAUAAUUUGGUGUUGCAGUUUGCCUACACUGCAGUCUGCAUUCCACGUUUUAUGUUAUUAUGUAAUAAGUAGUCUUAGAGUAUAUUGUAUUACGAGCUUAACAGUAGAUGAGACAGCACUCUGUGAUUGGUUUAUUCCAACCCAUCUCUGUAGGCCAUCUGAAACCCGCCUUGCUCAGCGGGGCCUCACAGAUGCAAACACAAUGCGGGUGUGGAGUUGGGAUGCAAGGCCUCCGGCUGUUUGUUGUACAGAAUACUAGUCGAUCCAGAGGUGGGGUUGCCAGGAAAGACCAUACAUCAUGUCCCCACACAAAUGUAAAACUGUAUGUACAGUGAAGUGUUUGUAUAAGCUCUUCCCUCUACAGCUGUCCCCCAGAAAUCCUGCAGAUUAAAUGAAAACCUGUAAAGUCUCCUGAAUGUGUUUUAUUUUUUUGUUUUGUUUUGUUUUCAGAUUUGUUGCAGCCCUCUUGUUUUAACCCUGUUCAUUUUGUGCGUUUAGUUUCUGGGCAUGUCCUGAUGUCCACUGCCUUGAACCCAUAUUCACAGGAGAAAAAGAACAUGUGAACUUGAAUCAAAUAGGUGAAUAAAUGGGUUUCCAAAAUGG